AUGAACGCAUCGGGGCGGCUGCCGGCGGGGGGCCAGGGGGAGCCCCCCGGGGCCUCGCUGCUGCCGCUGGGCCGGAACGGCAGCGCGGCCGACCCGCGGGAGGGGACCCACGCAGCCACCGUGGCGGCCUGCGCCUCCCUGCUGGCCCUGGUCUUCUGCCUGGGCUCCUAUGGCAACCUCAUUGUCCUCCUGUCCUUCUUCGACCCGGCCCUCAGGAAAUUCAGGACCAACUUCGACUUCAUGAUACUUAACCUCUCCUUCUGCGAUCUCUUCAUCUGUGGGGUGGCUGCCCCCAUGUUCGCCUUCGUCCUCUUCUUCGACUCAGCCCGAGGUGUCCCAGGCGCUUUCUGCUUCACCUUCCACCUCACCAGCUCCGGCUUCAUCAUCAUGUCCCUUAAAACGGUGGCAGUCAUCGCCCUGCACCGGCUGCGCAUGGUGCUGGGGAAGCAGCCGCACCGCGCCGCCUCCUUCCCCUGCACCCUGCUCCUCACCCUGCUGCUGUGGGCCACCAGCUUCACCCUGGCCACCCUGGCCACCCUGAGGACCCGUGGCUCCCGCCUCUGCCUGCCCAUGUCCAGCUUCGCCGGCGGCGAGGGGAAGAUCAUCCUCUACCUCUACGUCACGGACUUCAUCUGCUGCGUGGCCGUGGUGUCUGUCUCCUACAUCAUGAUCGCCCAGGCCCUGCGGAGGAACGCCCGAGUGAGGAAGUGCCCACCGGUGGGGGCAGUGGGUGCCUCCAGACCCCACACCUUCGUGGGGCCACCAGCCACCAGGGCCGGCGAGGGUGUCCAGAGCGCCAUGCCCGCCUUGUACAGGAACCAGGGCUACAGCAAGUCGCAGCACGCCCAGACGCAUGGCUACACCAAGCACCUUGGGCAGCCACCAGCCGCCACGGCCUGCCGGCUCCAGCUGGGGUCAGCCGUCAACCUGUCCACAGCCAAAGACUCCCGGGCGGUGGUGACGUGCGUGGUCAUCGUGCUCUCCGUCUUGGUUUGCUGCUUACCCCUGGGCAUCUCUCUGGUGCAGGACAUGCUGUCCAGCAGCAGUGGCUUUGUUCUCUACCAGUUCGAGCUGUGUGGCUUUACCCUAAUUUUUUUCAAAUCCGGAUUAAAUCCUUUUAUAUAUUCCCGUAAUAGUGCCGGACUUCGGAGACGAGUCCUCUGGUGCCUGCAGUAUGUAGCCCUUGUCUUUUUCUGCUGCAAGCAGAAGACAAGGCUUCGGGCUAUGGGCAAAGGCAGCCUGGAAGUCAACAGGAACAAGUCAUCCCACCACGAGACCAACUCAGCAUACAUGUUGUCUCCAAAACCUCAGAAAAAGUUUGUGGACCAAGCCUGUGGUCCUAGUCACUCCAAGGAAAGUGUGCUGAGUCCCAAGGCUUCUGUCGGGCAUCAGCACUAUGCACAGAGCAGCUCAACCCCCAUGAACACCCGAAUCGAACCCUACUACAGUAUCUAUAACAGCAGCCCUUCCCAGGAAGUGAGCACCCCCAACAGCUUGCAGCCAGGCAACGCAGCCUUUGGAUUUGCCAAAUCCUACCUUGCCAUGCACUAUCACACCACCAGCGACGUGCUGCGGGACCACGACAGUGCUUCAGCAAAGCAGAUCCCAGUGCCCUUGGUGUAACCUGAGGGGAGGGCACUGAUCCAGUGGGUCCCCAUCUUUCCUGUUCUUAACGGUUACUCUGAACACAGCAAUGCAGUGUUGCUGUACUACUACUGCCAGUUAAGGAAAAUGCCACUACUGUUAAUAUCUAGCUGUUUGCUUUUGAAGCCCGUGCUAGGAUAUUACUUCCACGAUGCUUUCUUGAAUUUUUGAGGCAAGUCAAAAAGGGUGGUAUUUUAGAUUUGUAUUUGGAAUGGUUACAUGAGGGUGUUUUGUUACUAAAAUUUACCACUGGCCAAGUAUAAAAAAGUAAGCUUUAUAACUUCUCAUCACAAGGCAGAAUAUCUCAGAAUUACUUGAGACUGCACCAGAAGUAUUACCUCUCAACUUGCCGUAUGUUCAAGAAGGAAGAAUUAGGAGGCUGCUUGGUGUUAUGACACUUAAAAGUUUAAACUCUUCUUAUUGCAGAAGGUUGGAAGAGCGGGUGAUAUUUUGUUGUAGCAAGUGUCUAAUCAUGAAGGUCCUUUCUGUUCACAGGGUGAAAUCCUGGUUCUGUUGAGGUACAUGGCAAAACGUCCGUGAACUUCAGCUGAAGUUUAGGAUUUCAGUCUUGGCUUCCUCCAGCAGGACAAGGCAUUUUACAAGCAGUGUUGUAUGACCACUAGGGAGGGACUUUUGAGAAGUGUUGUGGCACUGUAAUAAACCUCUGGAUUGUGUAUGUAUUAAUUUCUGCUGUAUCUUUAUUUCAAAGAUCAGUGACUUUAUGUAUUCCAAAAUAAUAUAUAUUUGGAGAAGUACUUUACAUCAGAUAGAAGGAACUUUGCAAUACACAACUAUAGACUUACUUCAGGACCAAGAUGAAUAUUGCAAUAGAAUAGUACUGAUACACUACUAGUAAUGCAGCCACUUCUGCAGUUUUCUAAUUGAUAAACGGUUAUGCAAAGAGUAAAGUUACUUGUGGUUUUGUCUAUGACUUGUAUAAAAGGGGAAACUGGGGAGAUGUGGCUGUGGUGUUCCUGACCGGCAGAACUGACAGCUAUUACCUUUUUAAAAAAGAGAAUAACCACAUAACAAGAUGACUACAAGUUUUUGAGGUUUUCUUAAGAAGUCUGACGUCAGUUUGAUUUAAAGAUUAAUAACCUGUCUACUUAUGAAGUUUAUCUGUUGGUGAACAAAUAACAGAAGUCUUUUUUUAUAAAUCUGACCAUUUGUUUUCUGUUACAUGUUGUGGGAAUUCCUUAUGAAAUGGAGUAAUUUGGAGGCAUUUAUAAUUCCUGACAAUUAGCACAUUCAGUGGCCAGAUCUUCUCAAAAUUACAAAAAGCAAUUACCUUUCAACUUCUAUGGACUUCAGCAGAGCCUUAGUAUCUCUGAAAUAAUCAUGCCACAGACUUUUGGUGCCUCGUUAUAGGAAAAUGCCACAUUUUUAGCAAAAUUACAGUGAUGGAAAGGUGAGUUGUUAUUUUAGAAGCAAAAACCAUUCACAUCAUUACUUUGUGUGAGUUGUUGUUUGUCUAGGCUGUUUGUUAACUAAACUAUUUCCAAGAUUUUCCUGGAAGACUUUAUUACAUCAUGAACACUGUUCUUUGUUUAACACUGAAUUUUCAUUAAUUUUGAAUAAUUUAAGUCUGCAUUCUUGCAAUAAAAUGGAUGUGAACAACUUUCUAAUACAAAUGUAAUAUUGAAACUUCCAUGAGUCUUUUCUCUCUGCCCAGGUAUUUUUCUCUAUAAAAAAAUA